GUUCUGGUUCAGGUUGAAGGGUUUUGUUGCUGGGGAAGACCCUCGCCAUCACAGUCUUUUUUGGCCAAUCAGAAAAAUCUCUCGGCGCGUCUCCAGGCAGAUUUGAGUCAAUCAGCCAAUCAGUGUGUCCGGCUGGGGGACAGGCACAGGGAGCUGAGGCUGGCCGGGUCACAGCGUCUGAAUCCCGGGGAGGAACAUCUCGGAACCUCGGUGAAGAGUCCCAGCACUGGUCAAGAUGCCCAACAAAACCAAGAAGGAGAAGGAAACAAGUAAAUCCUCCAAGAGCUCCAAGAACAACAACAGCAGCGGAAAGGACAACGUCCCAGACAACACUGACGAGCAGCAGGGGGCCAGUAAGCGUCCCAGUACCAGCACACCUCCUCCUACUCAGCUCAACAAGAUCAAAUACUCUGGAGGAGCUCAGCUGGUGAAGAAGGAGCGAAGGCAGAGUUCCUCUCGCUUCAGUCUGACCAAGAACAGAGAGCUGCACAAGCUCCCUGCCCUCAAAGAUGCGCCCACAGUUGAGAGGGAGGAGCUGUUUGUCCAGAAGCUCCGCCAAUGCUGCGUUCUGUUCGACUUCAUCAGCGACCCUCUCAGCGACCUCAAAUACAAGGAGGUCAAGAGGGCGGGGCUUAACGAGAUGGUCGAGUACAUCACGCACAACAGUGACGUGGUGACAGAGUGCAUCUAUCCCGAGGCCGUCGUCAUGUUCUCAGUCAACUUAUUCCGGACUCUCCCUCCGUCCUCCAACCCGACCGGAGCAGAGUUCGACCCCGAGGAGGACGAACCCACGCUGGAGGCAGCCUGGCCUCACCUGCAGCUGGUUUAUGAGUUCUUCCUUCGCUUCCUGGAGUCUCCAGACUUUCAGCCAAACGUCGCCAAGAAAUACAUCGACCAAAAGUUCGUCCUGUCGCUGCUGGAGCUGUUCGAUAGUGAGGACCCCAGAGAAAGAGACUUCCUGAAAACCAUCCUCCAUCGGAUCUACGGCAAGUUCCUGGGCCUCCGGGCCUACAUCAGGAGACAGAUCAACAACAUCUUCUACAGGUUCAUCUAUGAGACAGAACAUCACAACGGCAUCGCUGAGCUACUGGAGAUCCUGGGCAGUAUCAUCAAUGGCUUCGCUCUCCCUCUGAAAGAAGAACACAAGAUGUUUCUGAUCCGGGUUCUGCUGCCGCUGCAUAAGGUCAAGUCCCUGAGUGUCUACCACCCCCAGCUGGCCUACUGUGUGGUCCAGUUCCUGGAGAAGGACAGCAGUCUGACGGAGCCUGUGAUCCUGGGUCUGCUGAAGUUCUGGCCUAAGACCCACAGCCCCAAGGAGGUGAUGUUCCUCAACGAGCUGGAGGAGAUUCUGGACGUCAUCGAACCGGCCGAGUUCCUCAAAGUCCAGGAGCCGCUCUUCAGACAGCUGGCCAAGUGUGUCUCCAGCCCCCACUUCCAGGUAACCAGGACCAGGACCAGGACCAGGACCUGGACCAGGACCUGGACCAGGAACCUGAUGCUGUGUUAUCUGUGUGUCCUGCAGGUGGCAGAGCGAGCUCUCUACUACUGGAACAACGAGUACAUCAUGAGUCUGAUCAGUGACAACGCUGCCACCAUCCUGCCCAUCAUGUUCCCCUCCCUGUACAAGAACUCCAAGAGCCACUGGAACAAGACCAUCCACGGUCUCAUCUAUAAUGCUCUGAAGCUUUUCAUGGAGAUGAACCAGAAGUUGUUUGAUGACUGUACGCAGCAGUUCAAGGCAGAGAAGCAGAAGGAGAAGUACAAGCUGAAGGAGAGGGAGGAGAUCUGGAACAGGAUCGAGGAGCUGGCCCAACAAAACCCCCAGGUCCUCCUUUACUUUCAGAGUGAUAAGCUCCACCCCCUCAGGCCUGGACUCCGCCCCCAGGAAGAGUUGAUGUACAGUGACAGUGAGACUCCGACAGCUGAAGACAUCCAGCUGCUGAAGAAGAACGUGGAGACUGAGGCCUCACAGGGCCUGAAGGAUCUGAAGAGGGACAAGGUUCUGAUGAGGAGGAAGUCGGAGCUUCCUCAGGACGUCUACACCAUCAAAGCUCUGGAGGCUCAUCAGAGAGCUGAGGAAUACCUGACAGCCAAUCAGGAGGCUCUCUGACCACACCUGACAGCCAAUCAGGAGGCUCUCUGACCACACAUGACUGGGGGGGUGGGCCCAAGGUGUCUGGGUCAGAUUCGCUCCACCCCCUAGUGGCCAAACACACUGGGGCACAAGCUCCGCCCACAUCAUAGUGUCACGCCAACAAUUACAAGCUUGCAUCAAGCACCUGAACGCAUCACCAGCAGCUGACCUGUCAGGUGACUCCUCCCUCCCCCAGGUGACUCCUUCCUCUCCAGGUGACCUGUCAGGUGACUCCUCCCUCCCCCAGGUGACUCCUCCCUCUCCAGGUGACCUGUCAGGUGUGUGUUGAUCUGUGAUCUAAUUGGUCGUCUCCCAUUACACCUGAACGCAGCACAGAGCACUUUACUGUUCUCCUUGUAGCUCCGCCCCCUCCACCUGAGCCACCAAAUCAGCUGCCAGCCGGGGAGGAGCAGUGAAUGUAAACCCCCCCCCCCCCAGAGAGGUGUUUAUUGGAGCAACUUCUUCUUCUCUGAAUGUUUCCUACCCUCCACAGACAGGACUCCGCCCACUCCACAUAUCCCUGCCCUUUCCAUCUAGCCACACCCACUUGUCAUAUGGGAGAGAGUAAGUAAGUCGGUGGUGAGGCCACGUCCCCUUAGGGGUGAAAACGAAGGAGACGUCGCUGCGUUGUGUGUUGUUCUUCGAACAACUUAAACGAUAAAACUCAGAAUAAAUGUUUAACUUCAGGUCUGGAAGCUGAUAGUCGAUGUGUACGUGUGUGUGCAUGUGGUAAACACUUAGUCAUGAUGAUGCUAACGUGAGCUAAUGUCAGUCGACAGAGUUGUUAGUUAUAAUGUUAAUAAGUCAAAGUAGUGAAUGUUGAAGCUGAAAUGAAACAGUAGCUAACGAGUUUUUAAUGAAAGGGUUAACGUUGGCUGAGCUUUACGCUGUAUUUAUGUCACGCUUCCUUCAUUUAACAUCAUGGAAUGAACAGAAGUCACAUUUUACCGGGCGACUCAGUGAGAGAGUAAAUGUCCGGUUAUAAAUGUGUCUUCCUGACUAACAUUGGCCAUUUCACUUGCUUUCAAACGCCAACAAAUACUAGCAACACAAAAUAAACUGAUUACAGGGAGGUUUGUAUUUACCACCAGUGGUUGGUUUUCACCCAAAUGGGGGUGUGGCCUAUUUGCUACUCUCUUCUGUGUAGUGUUAUGUGUGGGCGUGUGCUUCAAAGACCCAGCUGUCAAUCAAGAGCCCCUGUGAUCAAAAUGGCCGCCAGAAAAACUGUUGUCAUGUAGCAGAAGAGCGAGGAGGCGGAGCUUACACCAGAGGACGUGUGGACAGAUCUGUGAAGACUUCAUGGACAUUAAACAUCACAUGGGCUGAUUUUGUACAGAAUAAAUAAAGAACCUCAAUCAAUAA